CAGAGAGGCACAAGCGCUCCGUCCCUUCCAGCGGCAGGCGGAGGGAGGAGAAAGGGUCUGUUGUUUUUCUCUCCUGUUUCUCUCUCUCACUGCUGAUCACCAAGCUGCUGACCAGGUCAGAAAGCCCUAAUGGAAAUCCUCCAGUGCUGGCCUGGCUCCUCCUCCUCCCAGAAGCUUGUCCUUGACUGAUUUUUCUUUGUCCCGACGGGAAAGAGAGAGAGAGAGAGAAAGAAGAAAAAAGAAAACCCACAAACUUCCUUUGAAAACCAGCUCGCUAGACUGGGCCUGGAGCGCACGCCCUAGACUCGGCGACUCAGAAAUCCUGGAGACGCUCUGAGCGACCUGGGAGCACCUGGGCUGCACUCCUGCCGGUCUCCACCCUCCUCCAGUGCCCCCGGCCGGCCGUGGGCGUGAGUCCGGAAGUGGCCACCAUCCGGCCAGGACUGCCGCGCACAAACCCGUGUAAACCUGUGCGAGCUCUGGCUUUGACAGCUGGAAGGCAGCUGGGAGUGCGGUGGCGCCCCUCACUGCACCCACCUGCCCCAUCGUAUUGCCAGAGCUGCACCCUCCUUCUGUGUCCUGGAACAGCACCCACUUCUUUAAGGGAAACUGACUCCAUCCACUGUCUUCAAUCCUGCUGGAACCAUCCCUCCCAAGCCUGAAGGCCCUGUAGCUUCGUUGGUCCUAUCUGGUCACAGCAAGUUAGAUGUGAAAGAGCUCAGCCUGGGACCCUUCUGUUUACCCCAAAGCUGUCCUACCCAGAGCCAGGAGUGACUGAACAGGCAGUAACCAAACCUUCCAACUGAGUUCUUUUUCCAGGACCUUUCUGCGUCUAUUUGCUUUCCAGCCCAAUGAUUUCCUUCUUAUCCUAUCGUUCUCUCUUUUGCAUAUCAAGCUUAGAUUAGGCCAUCCCCAAGGAUAGUAAAGUCCUUUGGUGCCCCUCAGUUGACCCCUCCUGACCAUGGAACAUCAUCAACCGGAGCAUCCAGCCUCUGGUAAGGCCAGGAUUGCAGAAGCAGUCAGCCCCGAAAACCAUGAGGUCCCGUCAGAACCAGAUGAGCACCCUCAGGACAAGGAUGCCAGAGAGGCCGAUGGGGCAGCUAGAGAACAGGAGCCAGAAGACCAAGCUUCGCUGCUGGCCCAGGGCCGUGAUAACCUCGAGUCCCCUCCACCUGAUGCCAGCUCCUGCCAAACGGGGCCAGCCCAGGGGACGUGGCCUGAGGUCGAGACAGUGGGGGCCUGCUCCAGGCCCCAGGAGCUUCCCCAGUCCCCUAGGGCCCGACAGCCUGAGCUAGACUUCUACUGUGUGAAGUGGAUCCCCUGGAAGGGAGAACGAACACCCAUCAUCACCCAGAGCACUAACGGCCCUUGCCCGCUCCUCGCCAUCAUGAAUAUCCUCUUUCUCCAGUGGAAGGUGAAGUUGCCACCUCAGAAAGAAGUGAUCACGUCAGAUGAACUCAUGGCCCAUCUUGGAGACUGCCUUCUGUCCAUCAAGCCCCAGGAGAAAUCAGAGGGACUUCAGCUUAAUUUUCAGCAGAAUGUGGAGGAUGCAAUGACAGUGCUGCCUAAACUGGCCACAGGUCUGGAUGUCAAUGUGCGAUUCACAGGUGUCUCUGAUUUUGAGUAUACACCUGAGUGCAGUAUCUUUGACCUGCUAGGCAUCCCUCUGUACCAUGGCUGGCUUGUUGAUCCACAGAGUCCUGAGGCUGUGAGUGCAGUUGGGAAACUGAGUUACAACCAGCUGGUAGAGAAGAUCAUCACCUGCAAGCACUCCAGUGACACCAACCUCGUGACAGAAGGCCUAAUUGCGGAGCAGUUCCUGGAGACCACCGCCGCCCAGCUGACCUACCAUGGCCUGUGUGAGCUAACGGCAGCGGCCAAGGAGGGCGAACUUAGCGUCUUUUUCCGAAACAACCACUUUAGCACUAUGAUUAAGCACAAGAGUCACUUGUACCUACUGGUCACUGACCAGGGCUUUCUACAGGAAGAGCAAGUGGUGUGGGAGAGCCUGCACAACGUGGAUGGAGACAGCUGCUUUUGUGACUCUGACUUUCACCUAAGUCAUUCCCUGGGCAAGGGCCCUGGAGCAGAAGGUGGGCGUGGCUCCCCAGAAAAUCAGCGGCAGGUGGACCAGGACUACCUGAUUGCCUUGUCCCUGCAGCAGCAGCAGCCGUCACCUCAAGGCACAUCGGGUCUUAGUGACCUGGAGCUGGCCCAGCAACUUCAGCAAGAGGAGUACCAACAGCACCAAGCAGCCCAGCCUGUUCCAGCACUGGCCCCAUCACUGCAGGGGAGAGGAGCCACAUCUGGACGCCCAGCUGCCGAGCGUCGGCAAAGGCCGAAGCAAGAGUCUGACUGUGUCCUCCUGUAGCCCCACUCAGUGCCAGGCUGCCUUGCCUCCGCGUUCAAGGACUGGGGCUAUUUCGCUCGCUUCUCUAGCUCAGCUUGAGAUAUGCAGGGUAACUUAUUUAUGGAAUGUUGGGGAUUUACCAGGCGGUAAAUGCCAAGGUCAAAUUUAGUGAUAUCCUUGCCUUCACAUGCUGACUCCUCGCAACCAUCCAGGGCCACACUGGGGUUGGUGGGGUAAGGAUUUCUGAUUCCCAGCUCCCUUUCCCCAACACAGUCACGUGAAUAUACACUCAGGCUCCAGGGUGAAGUCUCUGUCUCCACACAUCUCCCUUACUUCCCACCCCUGACUGGCUGGGUCAUCCUGGCUCUCCUGCAGGCCCCUCUGUAUCUGUUUCAGGGUUUGAGUUCAGUUUCUAACUGCAUUAUUUGUAAUGCCUUCCUAGGAGUUUGGAAAUAAAACUUCUUUCCUGA